AUGCUCAUCUCCCAGCACGCAGUCCAUGUUCAAGCCCUGAGAGACCUAUACAAGCGCUGCGUACGCCGUGAAGGAUUUCCAGGCUCCCCCCUCCAAGAAUCGAUCCAGGGUUAUCCAGGCACGCACGCGAUCCUGGACCGGCUGGGUCUAAUAAAACACGCCGAAGAAGCUGUUGAAGACCCGCAGCGCGUUCUCGCGGAUCUGGUUGAUUUCAUAAAAUGUCUAGACUCGGCUUCCGACUGUGGUCUGGACUCUGCCGAAUCUUCAACGACGGAUAGUACAAGCAAGACCACAGUUUCAGAAGAACCGUCGCCAGAGCCGAAUACUCGCAGGGAAUCUCCUGAUUCCGCUGUGCUGUCAACGAGUAGCACUUGGGCGACUGCAACGUCGGAUGAACCGCAUUUGUGCAACGCUUAUGGCGAGUAUAACCCAAUGGAUCCGCAGUAUACGGCCCUAUUAGAUGCAGACGAUGCAGGCGCUAUGAGAGCCGAAGAAUACGCGGUAGUACCUUGGAACUACUUCCCAUCACACAUGCGAUACAUGCCAGCUGGUAUAGAUACUUCAUACCCAAGGACUGAAAUGCUUAACAUACCGCCAUCGUCAGCGUCGUCCUCAUGGUCAGAAAUAGCACCCCAGCCCUCGGCAACCUACAUGCCAAUGGCCUCGCGAGCAAAUGCCUCGGAGCCACUGGUCUAUAUGAUGGAGCAAUCUGGCUUCCCCGAUGCUUAUCCUUAUGCGCAAAUGCAAAACAUGGCCACUGGUCCGGUUCAGCGACAGCAUCAGCAUCAGCAGCAACGUCAACGCCAACGACUUUCGGUAGACUAUGGUCUUUUGCAUUCUAGUGAACAAUAUUUUUACCUCUGA